AUGAUAGCUGAAUUAACGCAAUUGUUCAAAGGGGGAAGCGACAAAGGAAAAGACCCCGUGGUUAAUACAGAAGAAGAAAAUAAUGAUAGCCCUCUCUAUCCCCCAGGUUUCACUCCUCCUCAUGCGCAAACCCAAGCUGAGGUGCAACCACGCAGAUCAUCUGUUACUAUCAGGCCUCAGCAAUUUCAAACUGGUGCCUCAAUACCAGUAAAUUUCCAAACUGGAAUAGGUUCUCAUCUCGGAGAAGCCCCUACUAAUCCCAUAGUACCCGAUUUUGACGAAAUGAUGGGAAAAGAGAAAACAAAGGAAGAACUACCGAGUCGAUUGGAGGAAAGAUGUAAAUGGCUCGAAGAGAAAUUCAAAGCCAUGGAAAGUAGAGAGAAUUAUCAUGUGAUGGAUGCUAAAGAUCUAAGCUUGGUACCAAAUUUGGUCCUUCCUCCCAAAUUUAAGAUACCGGAGUUUGAAAAAUAUGAUGGGACAAGUUGUCCCCAGGCUCAUAUCACUAUGUUUUGUCGAAGGAUGACCGGGUACAUCAACAAUGAGCAACUGUUGGUUCACUGUUUUCAGGACAGUUUGAUCGGGUCAGCAGCUAGAUGGUACAAUCAAUUGAGUCGAACCGAAAUCCACUCCUGGAAAGAUUUGGCGCAGGCCUUUAUAAAGCAGUAUAGACAUGUGAUGGAUAUAGCACCCGAUCGAAUUGUAUUGCAAAACAUGGAAAAGAAAACUAAUGAGAACUUUCGCCAGUAUGCUCGGAGAUGGAGGGAGGUAGCAACAGAAGUUCAACCACCACUUUUAGAGAAGGAGAUAACCAUGCUUUUUAUCAAUACCUUGAAAGCUCCAUUUCUCAAUCACAUGUUGGGCAGUGCCACUAAAAGCUUUUUAGACAUAGUGAUGUCUGGGGAAAUGAUAGAGAACGCCAUAAGAUGUGGCAAGAUAGAAGCAGGAGAAAGUACUAAAAGGUCGGCUCCAAGGAAAAAGGAACAUGAGAUAAACAAUACAAGCACGUUUAACAGGGACCAUUCUAAAUCAAUCACAGUGGGGCAAGCCAGAGCAGUAAGCGCUAAUCAGCAAAUUUUUUUGACACAGGAAUCCAAUCCAAGGCCAAAGGUAGAGAAACUUCAAUUCACACCCAUCCCAGUGACGUAUAGGGAAUUGUACCAGAACUUAUUCGAUGCACGUGUGAUAUCUCCAUUUUACCUCAAACCUAUGCAACCUCCAUACCCUAAGUGGUAUGACGCAAGCGUUCAAUGCGAGUAUCACGCGGGGACCAAGGGGCACUCAAUUGAAAACUGCACUGCAUUCAAGAAGUUAGUUGAAAGACUUAUCAAUUUGGGGAUCAUAAAGAUAGGUGACUCAUCAGGACCGAAUGUAGCAGAGAAUCCGUUGCCCAACCAUGAUAAUAAAGGGGUGAAUGCGAUAAUUGAAUAUGGAGGAAGGAGAGUCAAAGCCAACAUAGCAGAGAUAAAGACCCCCCUUGAAUGGGUUUGGAAACAAAUGAUGAAAAGAGGUCUCAUCAAGCAAGUUUCAAUAGAAAGGCCUGAAGGAACAAGGAAAUUUUGCGAGUUCCAUGCAGAAGAAAGCCAUGACAUCCAAGAUUGCACCGAGUUCAGAACUAUGAUGCAAAACUUAAUGGAUAGCAAAGAGUUGGAGUUUUAUGAAGAGAUUAAGGGAUUAGAAGGAGGAAAGGUUUAUGCUGCAGAAGAAGGAUCCACGGGGAAAGCCCAAAAGGCUAAUUACCCGGUGGUGAUUAUUGCAAAACCAAUGAGCAGAGAAUCUGGAAUACAAAUAGCACCAAGGGUCGUAAUCCAAAAACCUGUAUCCUUUCCCUACAAGGAUAGCAAAAAGGUUCCUUGGAAUUACAACUGCAAUGUAACAAUCCCAGGAGAGGAGAGCUUGAUAAAUGCUUCAGGAGAGGAUGAAGGAUUCUAUACACGAAGUGGAAAACGCUAUGAUCCGGCAAACGCAAGAGUGGAGUCUGGAAAAGGAAAAGUAAAGACAGACAAAAUCGAGCCGCGCAUCAAUCAGCCGGUAACUGAAAAUGAGGCUAAUGAAUUUCUAAAAUUUUUAAAACAUAGCGAGUACAGCGUGGUAGAGCAAUUACAUAAGCAACCGGCUCGUAUCUCGAUGCUUGAAUUGCUUCUAAUCGAGAUACAUCGUGUGCUGUUGAUUAAGGUGCUAAAUGAAACUUACGUCGCUGAUGAUAUCUCAGUGAAUAAGUUGGACCGUUUGGUUAAUAAUAUCAGUGCUGACAAUUUCAUCUUCUUUAAUGAUGAUGAAAUACCGCCCGGGGGAAGAGGAACCACCAAAGCCUUACAUGUUUCUACUUACUGCGGGAAACAUAUGUUGUCAAGAGUGCUAAUUGAUAAUGGAUCAGCCUUGAAUGUUUUACCCCUAUCCACCUUAAAUAGGUUACCGGUGGACAGCUCUCACAUGAAAUCAUGCCAGAACAUAGUGAGAGCAUUUGAUGGUACCGAAAGAAAGGUGAUGGGAAGAAUAGAAAUACCUCUCUUGAUUGGCCCAAAUACGUACGAAGUGGAUUUCUUAGUGAUGGAUAUCAAGCCUUCGUAUAAUUGCUUACUGGGGAGACCAUGGAUUCAUUCAGCAGGGGCGGUGCCUUCAUCAUUGCACCAGAAGUUGAAAUUAGUGACAGAAGGCCGGUUAAUUACGAUUGACGCUGAGGAAAACAUCAUUGCAUCGGUAACCAGUGACGCACCAUAUUUGGGAGUAGAUGACGAUGCGGUCGAAUGUUCUUUUCGAUCCUUAGAGUUCGUAAAUGCAACUUUUGUCACUGAAGGAAAGAAAAUCCCAAUGCCCAGCAUAUCUAGAGCCACAAGGAUGGGACUACAAAUGACAGUUGGGAAAGGAGCUGUGCCUGGAAGAGGACUGGGAAGAUGCCUUCAAGGAAAGAUUGAGGCACCAGUGGUGAAAGACAAACAAGACCGUUUUGGUUUAGGAUUUAAACCAAAUGCCAAGCAGAGAAAGAAAGAGUUAGAGAAAAGACAAGACAGGAGGAAAGCGCGUUUGAACGGAAAAGAAGUUGAUUGGGAACCUAUGGCUUUCCCCCACAUAUCCAGGACAUUCAUAUCGGGAGGAACCAUGUAUUCUAGACUGAGGACUCCAAGAAAGAAGACCGCAGAGGAAAUGUUAGGAAACUUAAGCAUCAAUGCCAUAUUUGAAGAAGAAUCUGAAGAGGGAAGUACAUCAGAGGAAUCUCAAGAUUUUGAAGAUAACACGGAUUACAACCUACCUCCGGACUUGUUGAGGAUGGUAGAGCAGGAAGAGAAACAGGUUCUUCCUCACGAGGAGACGAUAGAGACAGUGAUCCUGGAGGAGGGAAAGAUGGUAAAGAUUGGCACGUGCAUAGCUGAUGAAGUGAAACGAGACCUCGUUAAAUUGCUUCGAGAGUUCAAAGAUGUCUUCGCAUGGUCAUACCAAGAUAUGCCGGGGUUAAGUACUGACAUCGUAGUUCACCGACUUCCUAUAAAGGAAGAUUACAAACCAGUUCAGCAAAAGCUCCGAAGGAUGAGGCCUGAUGUUGUGUUAAAAAUAAAAGAGGAGGUGCAAAAAUAAUUCGACGCUGGAUUCCUGCAGGUGGUCAAAUACUCCGAGUGGGUAGCCAAUAUCGUUUCUGUCCCUAAAAAAGAUGGGAAGGUCCGAAUGUGUGUAGAUUAUAGAAAUUUAAAUAAGGCCAGCCCCAAAGAUAACUUUCCCUUGCCGCACAUUGAUGCCUUGGUGGACAACACAGCAGGACAUUCGCUGUUUUCUUUCAUGGAUGGUUUCUCUGGAUAUAACCAAAUUAAGAUGCAUCCUGAGGAUAUGAAGAAAACUACAUUCAUAACCCUAUGGGGAACCUUUUGUUAUAAGGUGAUGCCAUUUGGGUUGAAAAACGCAGGGGCAACGUAUCAGAGGGCCAUGGUAACAUUGUUCCAUGAUAUGAUGCAUAAUGAGUUAGAGGUCUAUGUUGAUGACAUGAUUGCAAAAUCUAAAACAGAAGAGGAACAUGUGCAGGUCCUUAAGAAAUUAUUUAUGAGGUUGAGAAAAUUUCAGCUAAAGCUAAAUCCAGCAAAAUGCACAUUUGGGGUCAGAUCAAGAAAAUUGCUUGGGUUCGUGGUCAGUGAGAAAGGAAUUGAGAUUGAUCCUGACAAAGUAAGAGCAAUACAAGAAUUACCCCCGCCGCGUACUCAAAAGGAGGUUCGAGGUUUUCUAGGAAGGUUGAACUAUAUUGCUCGGUUCAUCUCACAGCUAACUGAGAAAUGCGACCCCAUUUUUCGCCUCCUCAAGAAACAUAAUCCUGGUGUAUGGGAUGAGGAAUGUCAAAAAACUUUUGAAAAAGUCAAACAUUACUUAUCCAACGCCCCAGUGCUGAUGCCACCCUGCCCAGACAAACCACUCAUACUGUAUUUGGCAGUAUUUGAAAAUUCCAUGGGAUGCGUGCUUGCUCAACAUGAUGAAUCAGGACGAAAGGAAAGAGCAAUCUACUAUCUCAGUAAGAAGUUCACUGAAUGCGAAACAAGAUAUUCGCCAACCGAGAAAUUAUGUUGUGCCCUAAUCUGGACCACUCGGAGACUGAGACAGUACAUGUUGUACCAUACGACCUGGUUAAUCUCCAAAUUGGACCCUUUGAAAUACUUAAUGGAGUCAACCGCUCUAAAUGGAAGAAUGGCCCGAUGGCAAAGUCUUCUAUCUGAAUUUGACAUAGUCUAUGUAAACCAGAAGGCGGUCAAAGGGAGUGCAAUAGCGGAAUUCCUAGCAAGUAGGGCUCUGGAUGAUUAUGAGCCAUUGAACUUCGAUUUCCCAAAUGAAGAUUUGAUGUAUAUCGCAACUGUAGAGAAAGAUUUCAAAGAAGGUGGUCCUUGGAAGUUGAGUUUUGACGGAGCUUCAAAUGCUAUAGGCAACGGAAUUGGGGCAGUACUCGUGUCUCCCAGUGGAGACUAUUAUCCUUUCACUAGCAAAUUGGACUUUGACUGCACAAAUAAUAUGGCUGAGUAUGAAGCUUGCAUUAUGGGCAUCCGGGCAGCCAUAGAGCGGAAAAUUAAGGUGCUAGAAGUAUACGAGGACUCUGCAUUAGUAAUUUAUCAGCUCAAAGGGGAAUGGGAAACAAGAGACCCGAAGUUGGUCCGCUAUCGAAAAUUGGUUAUGGAAUUGAUUGAGGAAUUUGAUAGUGUCACCUUUAGUUACCUCCCGCGAGAUGAAAACCAGAUGGCAGAUGCUUUGGCCACUUUAGCCUCCAUGUUUAAAGUGAACAAAUUAGAAGAUAUGAAGCCUAUCCAGAUCAGCAUCUACGAGGCUCCAGCUCAUUGUUGCAACAUUGACAGUGAAGAGGGAAAGGAUGAUCACCCUUGGUACCAUGACAUAUUGCAAUAUGUGAAGAGUCGUGAAUACCCUGACCAUGCGACAGAAAAUGAUAAGAAGACAUUAAGGAGAUUAGCCAUUGACUAUGUCCUAGAUGGGGAAAUUUUGUAUAAAAAGGGAAAAGAUCAAGUAUUGUUGAGGUGUGUGGAUGCUGUCGAGGCAAAAGAAAUUUUGGAAGAAGUGCAUGAAUGUAUCUGUGGAAUGCAUGCCAACGGCUUCACGAUGGCCAGACAAAUUAUGAGAUUUGGGUACUAUUGGUCCACCAUGGAAGGGGAUUGCAUUAAUUAUGCCAAAAGGUGCCAUAAGUGUCAAAUCUACAGUAACAAAAUGCACGCACCACCUUCACCCCUUCAUGUUAUGGUUUCUCCAUGGCCUUUCUCCAUGUGGGGAAUGGACGUUAUCGGGCCAAUAUCUCCAAAAGCUUCUAAUGGGCAUCGUUUUAUCUUUGUGGUUAUUGAUUACUUCACUAAAUGGGUGGAGGCUGCUUCAUAUGCAAAUAUCACGAAGUCGGCGUUGCAAGUUUACGAAAAGGAGAUCAUAUGUCGAUACGGGAUGCCCGAAAGGACCAUAUCCGAUAAUGCGAUGAACUUAAACAACAACUUAAUAGCGGAAGUUUGUAGUCGGUUCAAGAUCGACACCACAAUUAAAUCGUAUCGUCCAAAAAUGAAUGGUGCCGUGGAAGCAGCUAACAAAAACAUCAAGAAAAUUGUAGGAAAAAUGACUGAAACCUACAAAGACUGGCACGAGAAAUUACCUUUUGCUCUCCUGGCAUAUCGCACUUCCGUUAGAACCUCUACUGGGGCAACACCAUUUUCUUUAGUCUAUGGGAUGGAAGCAGUUUUACCCAUAGAAGUUGAAAUUCCUUCCCUCCGAGUAUUAGCUGAACUAAAGUUGGAUGAGGCUGAAUGGAUUCAAUCUCGAUAUGACCAGCUAAACUUGGUAGAAGAAAAGAGGUUAAAAGCUAUUCGUCAUGGUCAGAUGUAUCAGAAACGAAUGACGCGAGCCUAUAACAAAAAAGUUCGUCCCAGAGAAUUUUACGAGGGGGACUUGGUUUUGAAAAAGAUUCUUCCUCUACAAAAGGAUUUUAGAGGAAAAUGGAUGCCAAAUUGGGAAGGUCCUUAUGUGGUAAAAAAGGCCUUUUCAGGAGGAGCUUUGAUCUUGAACGAGAUGGAUGGUAAAAGCUUGCCAAAUCCUGUGAACUCGGAUUCAGUCAAGAAAUACUUCACCUGA